AUGGCACGCGACAACAACAAUGAACACUGCCGCCGCCAAGGGCAGCAUUGUGCCGCACCUUGUGGACUCGAGAUUUUCGUCCCUAUUCCUCGUGCCAUGUUUUUUGCAGGCGUCAGAGAUUUCCCUCGUCCUCAAGAAGUUUACCACAAUCCUGUCUACAUUCCACCGUCGUUCGAAACUCGACUCGGAGCUCGUGCGAACAGCAAUUCUCUUGUGGGCUCCUCAUUUUCUCAACCGCCGUUCACAAGUCAUCCACGCGGUCCAGGAAUCACAGAAUUCUGGGAGUGCCUUACGGCGCUGCAAGAUCCAGUCCCCAUCUACCAGUCACCAUUUGGACCUGUCACACCAGUCCACGAAUUUCUCCCAAACAUGGCUUCCUACGACGCUCGACUCAUUCCUGUCCGCGAAGACGCCGUGACCGAUGCCCUUACCUCCUUCAUGCAGAAUCCCAGCACGAGCAUUAAUGAUUGUUACCGGUCCGCUGUACGGAACUUCCUUCGUCGUUCUGUCGAAACAAAUAUCCUCGACCUUGUCAGGAGAAUCGACCUUGAGGUCGAGUUCGCACUCCAAAUCAUCCGGGCCACCAAACGGCCAGAACAGUUCACACUCGAGCAAAUGGAUAGCCUCCAGGCACUCGGAAAAUCCUUCACUGAAAUGGGAGCGACCUACCGCGAAGUCUGGCUUGAAGAGGUCACCAGACUCAACAUCUGGCCGCAUCACCAGGCCAAUAUUGUAGACGCUGAUGAGUAUCAGCGAUACAUCGGACGAAGAGACUGGGAUGCCGAGUGGGUGAGAGGCACCCUGGAGAGGAGUGAAGCGGAGGUGGGUGCCUACAACAACCCGUACCAUGGUGGCAAUAUCAUUAAUGGAGACAACGGGCAGGACGAAGGAAGAGCAAGAGAUGUCGACAUGAUGGACAUCGUCACAAUCGAAGAUGACCACAGCAGUGCCACCGACGAAGACGAAGAAACCAUCGUCGUUGGAAACAACGCCCAAGGCAUCACCACUUGGUCGAGAUUUGUUGAAGGCGAGUUGACACCUUUCGCUCAAUAUGAACACGGGCGCGAACGGCCCUGGGCGUGCCUCCUUUGCGAGAAGUGCGUGGUCAGUGAGAAGGGCAAGCUCCUAAGACAUCUUCGCCAGCAGCACGGCCUGACCGGCCUGAAGGCCAUGAAGGCCGACGAAAAGAACUACUCGAACUUCCAGGGCCACGAUGGGCAGGACUGCUUCAUCUGGGGCGAGUACGUCAGGGGCGACCCGCGGCCGUGGAAGUGCCUGCUGUGCGCGAACCACGCCGGGGUCAAGUGCGGCAGAAGCACGUUCGCACGGCAUUUUCAACUGACCCACGGCAUCAGAGUCGUCCUCCCACCGGUCACAUCUGAAGAGAUCAGGCGCCAUAACCAGAGGAGGCAGCGGGGCCAGCAGGCCAAUAACGCCAGCGGGGCGUGA